AUGUCCACCAGAUGCCUGCUAGGCUGUUUCUUCCUGCAAGCGGCUCCUUGCGUGGCCAGGAUUUUUUGGGGCUUGCUGCUUUCACGGAUGCGUGUUCUUGACGCAAGCAUCGGACAAGCGCACAGCUGGCGCUGUAACAUCACUGAGAACGCUAGCUAGACCUGCCAGACUCACAUACAUCCAGGUCUAUUGAGGAGAUGGACAAGCGGUAGAAGCGACGUUCAGUCCGUUCUUGGUCCAAAACUAGACAUUCCGUAGUGCUCUCGGCUUCAACACACGUAGCCAUUUGGCUACCCUGGCAGGGUGGCCGAAAAACCACCCUGCCAGGGUACGCACCUUGUGAACGGCAGAAGGGUGCACCGCCGGCAGGGUCUUUUAUAGACACCCUGGACAGGGUCCACCCUGCCAGGGUGGCCCGAAUUGCACCCUGUGAGCAAACUGCGGCAGCAAUUUUGUGUGGUGUGCUGUUUUGAACUCUGUUUUUUCGUGGUUGUCGAUAGCUUGUGAGCAUACGCCUCCGGGUUAAUCGCGAACGAUCCCGGUUUUUUUCAUGCCAUGUCGUCGCUCAAUCGUACAGCACCAACGUCGACACGAUUAUCACGCGCAUCCUCUGCACAGAUCGACUCGGCAUCCUGCCAACAGUCAUUUCUGCGUCAGGGUCGAAUCCACGCAAAGAAGGAUGUUAAGAAUAAUAACAGUGUGCCCGAUGCUCGUCACAAAACCCAAAAAACAUCACGCAAAUGUAAUGGUGGGGCUCACAACCCCAACUUGAUUGCCACGCUUUCAACGGAAUGUGAAUGUGCACGACAUGUCCAUGACGUGCACCAAGCAAAUCAGGACGCAUGGUGAGCCAC